AUGCUGGAAACUGAACUCUUCACCUCAGUUUUCAAUUCACCCGUGGCGACACCACUUAUCACUACUGAAGCGAUGACACUUCUUACCACCCUCGUGCUAUGUUUCCUUUUGCACUCAUCUGUGCAAGCCGACUCAAUUAACCAUGAUCAAGUACAGCCAUUCACUCAACCCGAUCCAGUCACUAUAUCUGAGAAAGCUGCCGUCAAAUUCAUGCCACAACUACACAUUGGUGAAGGUUGUGUUUCUUUCCCAGCCGUUAAUGCUGCUGGUGAGAUCACCGGUGGGCUUAAAGGAACAAAAGGCACGGAUGGCUGCACGGAAGCCCCCCUGGGGUCUCAAAUGUAUGGCCGAGCGACGUGGCUCGCGCGGAUCCGCCACGACUGGGCUAGCAUGGUGAUCUGGCUUGACAACCCAGCGUUGGAGACGCCAAAGAUUCUGGGUGCAUCGUUGUCGCACCAGCUUCUGAAGCCACGAAGGUGGUUCGGCUUUAAGAUGACAGAUGAGAAAGAACCGUUUAUCAAGUACACCAGCAUACCUCCUAUGGGUUUUGUGGGCACUCAGCAGGUUUUAGUGAACAGAAUCAGUAGAUGGCACUACAAUUACACCUACGUUGGCGGAUCCAACGUUUCCACCAGGGUUUCACAUACGAUUGUGGACAAGUUUGACUGGUACACUUUAAGGUUUUCGUAUCAGGACGGUGAAUACCUCGACCUGGUUAUGUGGGAGCAACUCACGGACGAAGCGCGCGUGGCUCUCAAUACAGCGGAUUUUGGGGAGUCCAAGGUUCCUUUUAAUGACCGGAACUUCGAAACGACACUACAACUGGCAUGGCCGUUUUUAAUUAGUCGACAAACCGAGUUGGAUGUGUAA